AUCUUUCAAAUUGCUGCUCACUUGGUUUAUUGGGGCAAAGCGAUCAUCAUCUACCCACUGUGUGAGAACAACGUCUACAUGCUGUCUCCUCAUGCCAACAUCUGCCUAUACUCACCACUAGCUGAGCAGUUUGCCCAGCAGUUUCCUGGUCAUGAUCUUCCCUCCACGUUAGCAAAGUUUUCACUGCCUGUCUCACUGGCUGAGUUCAGAAACCCCCUGGAAGCUCCUGCACAGGAGGCCCAGCUGAUCCAGAUGGUGGUGUGGAUGCUCCAGCGCCGCCUGCUGAUUCAGCUUCAUACUUAUGUCUGCCUGUUGGUACCGCCCAGCGAGGAUGAGCCCGGGUUGAGGGAUGAAGACCUUCCACUGGCUGCCAGAGUUGGAGGCCGCAGCCUCAGCACCCCUAGUGCUCUCAGCUUCGGUUCCCCAACCAGCAGUGAUGACAUGACCCUCACCAGUCCUAGUAUGGACAACUCCAGUGCAGAGUUACUGCCUGGUGGUGACUCUCCACUCAACAAGAGGAUGACAGAGACACUGCUUGCCAGCCUGUCAGAGCAUGAGAGGCAGGUUAUUCUUAACAUCCCUGCUGCACAAAAUCCAGAAGAUCUACGGAUGUUUGCCAGGCUGCUUCACUAUUUCCGGGGACAUCACCACCUGGAAGAGAUUAUGUACAAUGAGAACAUGAGGCGCUCGCAGCUCAAGACACUGUUUGACAAGUUCCGCAGUGUCCUUGUGGUGACCAACCAUGAGGAUCCCAUUAUUUCAAUCUUUCAGUCACCCAUGGAGUAGUGGCACAGAGACAGUAUUAGCUCUUACCAACCGAAAAAGAUGUCAGUUUGAGAGUGUUUGAUAGCCUGCUGUGCUCACAGCUAAGUGCUAUUUCUCAACAACGUUUUAAAAUGAAUGACACAAUGAUUGCAUUAAUGUGUGCAGAUUUACAAAUGUAGAAAGUGUUUUUUCCUUUAUUAGCCAAUGUUUGUUUACAAUAUUAAAUUAUUUUGUACAUAACAGAAACACCUCAAAUGUUUACUUUGAAUAGUGGAAAGAUUGGUGUAGUGGGGGUUUAACUUCAUCUUCUCCAGUCCCAGAUGUGUUAGAUCAUCUGUACCGACCACAGAGGGGCACACUGAGUAAUGAUCAUUCCAGACCUCCAGCUACCUCUCUUCAGGAAUCCCAGAGGUGGGGCGAGAAAGACAGCAAGAAAGGGAAGACUCUAAACAUCAGACAGGUUUUUGCUUUGAGGGAAGCAGAGCGUUCCAAACAUCUGUGAAAUCACUGAGAAGAGAAUUUCUCAAGUUUGAAUGUUUAUUAAAAAACACAGAUGGAAGACCA